AUGGAUCCUGAAGACGCCAAACCUGAGUCGUCUGAGGCACCUUCAGGGAACUUGAAACAACCAGAGACUGCUGCAGCCCUGGCAAGUAGCGGCAGCGUAGUGAGUUCUGUACCCAAGGCACAGCGCAACAUAGCAAAGACCGCACCCCGGAAGCACCCCGCAGUCUCAAUUCGCAGUGCGCAGUCCGCAGCCGCCGCACGUCCCCAAGGCAGUGAGGGCACCGCACCCUCAAGGAAAGCCACCAGACGCCCACCCCCAAAGCCCACACUCCCACCCCCAACGCCCUCUGCACACACUGAAUCCAAACUCUUAAAUGAGACGGCGAUCAAAGAGCAUGCGGAGGGCCGAGCCAAAGUCCCGUACAAAUUCAGGGACAGCCUCAAGCGUUUCUCCUUCUCGCCCACUGGAAUGUUGAAGAUCCUGAGAAUGAGUCUUAUCAUAGGAGCAUUAGCUUGUUUCAUCAUCGCCCAAGCCAAUGAGUCAUUUAUAACAAUCACAAGUCUGGAAAUCUGCAUCGUCGUUUUUUUUAUUCUAAUAUAUGUGCUAACCCUUCACCACUUGCUGACCUAUUUACAUUGGCCCUUACUUGAUCUUACCAACAGUAUCAUUACAGCUGUGUUCCUUUCAGUAGUUGCCAUCUUGGCCAUGCAAGAAAAGAAAAGAAGGCAUUUAUUCUAUGUCGGGGGGUCCCUGUGUCUCACAGCGGUAAUCGUGUGUUGCAUCGAUGCGUUUGUGGUCACCAAGAAGAUGAGGACUAACUUGAAAAGAUUCCUGGGAGUCGAAUUUGAAAGCAAGCUUUCCCCCGCCAAAGACGCCUACCCCGAAACCGGCCCCGACGCCCCGCAGAGGCCCGCCUGAAGCCAGCCCCGCGCGCUAUCAGAUGAACGUGUCUGUCGAAUCGCUGCCUCCGAGCCCACCCCCGAGCUCGCAUGCUGUCACCCAUUCCAGCCUAAAUGUGACCAUAAAAUUAGGGCUGCUGCUUUUAUCGCGAA